AUGGUGGAACCGGAUUUGUCUGAGCCACUGAUGGACUGGGGCGAUCAACUGAUGAGACUGGUUGAUUUGACAGAAUCGAUCGCCAAAUGUUCAGUAGAUAAAACCGACAAACGAUUCACGGAGCUGCUGGAGGAACUCACACGACUUGAUCGUGAAGCAGCAGUCGAGAAGGUCGCCAUCAGUGAUAUGGGCCGUUGCUUAGAUUUUGGCAACUACACAUCAACGGGUCUUUUUAAACAACGGUUAGUUCACAAAACGAAUUUGCAGUUGUUGAUUCGUAAAAGCGCAAAUAAAGUGGCCCCAGUCGCAUCUCGACUUUGCUGCUAG